GGCGGCGUUGGGCGCUCUGGGGUCCGGUGGGCGCCGUGAGGCGGCGGUGGCGGCAGCGGAAGGGACGGACCCGGCGGUACCGGCCCGCAGGUACCGAACCCCCGGUACCGACCCGCCCACAGGCUUGGAUCAGUACUUGAGGCUCACCAGACAUUUCCCUGGAGCUGGUGGUUUCCUGACACUUUCAGCUGGGCUCAAGAAGCUUUUUGUGGGAAUGUUUUAAAGGGUUAAAAAACCCUCAAGGAUUCGAAGUCGUUUUAAAUUUACUGCAAGAAAUCCUUCUGGCUUCACUGAGGAAUCAUGGAUCAGAACAACAGUUUGCCCCCCUAUGCUCAGGGCUUAUCCUCCCCUCAGGGUGCAAUGACUCCAGGAAUUCCCAUUUUCAGCCCAAUGAUGCCCUAUGGCACAGGACUGACACCUCAGCCUGUCCAGAGCACCAACAGCCUCUCCAUCCUGGAGGAGCAGCAGCGCCAGCAGCAGCAGCAGCAGCAGCAGCAACAACAGGCAGCCCAGCAAUCCACAUCCCAGCAAGCCACCCAGGGGACAUCUGGUCAAACCCCCCAGCUCUUCCACUCACAGACUCUUACCACAGCCCCUCUCCCAGGGACCACCCCCCUCUAUUCCUCCCCCAUGACUCCCAUGACUCCCAUCACUCCUGCAACGCCGGCAUCCGAGAGCUCCGGGAUAGUGCCACAGCUCCAGAAUAUUGUGUCCACAGUCAACCUUGGCUGCAAACUUGACCUAAAAACCAUCGCGCUUCGUGCCCGAAAUGCUGAGUACAAUCCCAAGCGUUUUGCUGCUGUUAUUAUGAGAAUAAGAGAGCCACGUACCACUGCACUGAUAUUCAGCUCUGGGAAAAUGGUCUGCACAGGAGCUAAAAGUGAGGAGCAAUCCAGACUGGCAGCAAGGAAAUAUGCAAGAGUUGUUCAGAAACUGGGAUUUCCUGCCAAGUUUUUGGAUUUUAAAAUCCAGAACAUGGUGGGCAGCUGUGAUGUGAAAUUUCCCAUCAGAUUAGAGGGAUUGGUACUCACACACCAGCAGUUCAGCAGCUAUGAGCCAGAAUUGUUUCCUGGCUUAAUCUACAGAAUGAUCAAGCCCAGAAUUGUUCUGCUUAUUUUUGUUUCUGGAAAAGUGGUUUUAACUGGUGCUAAAGUACGAGCAGAAAUCUACGAGGCAUUUGAAAACAUCUAUCCUAUUUUAAAGGGCUUCAGAAAGACCACGUAACAGUUUCUCCAUCCUUCAGAGAAACUGGGGGGGGUGUAUUUGAAAAAGGUUUUGUGUAUGGCACAGUGGCCAGAAGAGAUGGACUUCCAGUGAAACUGCAACACCAGGACUCAUUUCCCAGUUAGUGCCUAGAUCCCUGCUGCUGGAGGGGAUCUGUAAUCCUGAUUCUGUCUACUGAGUUACUGUGAGUUGCUUUAUGGGGCUGUUCCUGGAGCAGUCCCCCCAAGUUUUAUUUAUAUUCUAGCUUUUAAAUAGUUUUAAUGCCAGUUGUAUUAAUAGAAAACACAGAAGUUGGUUGAAACAAAUGCAACUGUGUUACUCAGUGUAUAGACCACUUAUUGCCAUGUAUAUAUGUUUUAACUUCCUUCCAUAAGACCAUGGUUUUUAUAAUUUUCAGAACUUUAGCUUUUAAUGUUUUUCAAUUAAAUUUCUUUGGUGCCAGACACAUUCCCUCUUUCCAGUAUUAAGCAAGACAGAAUAAAUUUAUUAAUGAGAAUGGCUCACUGUACAUAUAUAUAAUAUAUACCUUCCUUCUCUUUCCUCCUUCAGCUCCACCUGUACAAUAAAUCCUGUUUAUACAA